AUGACGGACAACCAGACAGGAAGCAAGACGGCCAAGCCAGAAGGUGCUCCAGGUUCGCACUCGGAACUGUUUGGGCUCCAAGGCCAGAAGAGAGCAUCGACAACCGCGGGCGCUGGAGCAGGAGGGGGCAUCAUCGGAACCAGUGGGCAUGCUGGCGCGGCAAAUAAGGGCGUUGAUCUAGGCUCGCGGAGCGACAUUCAGAACGCAGGUGUUGCGGGCGUCGCUGAGGGAGGGAAGAGCUCUACUAUCACAGGAUCUGGCGGAGAGACUCUCACUCCAAGUCAAGGAAGUGGAGAUGUUCGUUCGGCAGGCGAAGAGAAGGGCGUCUUCGACAAGUUGAACCCUUUAAAGCGAGAGUGA